AUGCAAUAUAGAGAUGCAGCCUGCUUGACUGUAUUAGCAAAUAUACAAAAACCUCUUGCAUUUGUUAUAGAUAAAGCUUAGACACCUAAAUUCUUAAAAGAAACUUAAACAGUAUUAGAAAUUCAAGACAAAGGAAUUUAGUCUGAUCCUCCUAAGUAGACAAAAGAUGUUAACGACUAGUUCAUUCAGGUAGAGCUCAUUGUAUAGAAUGAAGCUUAAUAAAACUAUCUUCAAAGAUCUUUGAACAAUUUUGGAAAGCUAGAUAAUAGUGGAUCAGGAUUUUUCGUAACUUCAAAUCCCUUAAGUAAUAGAAAUGAGUUGAAUUCAACAAAUGCUAAAAAUACAUCAGAACUUAAGACUAAUGAUGAGAUCUCCUACAUUCAAUCUCAUGAAAAUACUGCUAAGAGAUUUAAUCGAAAUGAUUUUCUUGAAAAAACAAAAUCCGGUAAAGCUGGAGAAUUUUAGGAAUAUUAAGAUAGUGCAUCAAAUAACUAACUCAGGUAGUUUGAAGAAUUUGAUGAUUCUAAUCUGAAAUCAGAAAACAAUGACCAAUAAAAUAAGAAAGCAAAAAGUCAAGCAACCUCAAGAAUCGCAUCAGCAAAAAGAAUGGCACAUUUGUACUCUGAGGGUCUAAAUGAUAAACUCGAUAUACUUCUUGCUCAAAAGGUAGACGAAUAAGGGAAUCUUAUAGUAUUUGAUUCAGAGAGUGGGAGGAAGUACAAAGUUUUGUAUAGUGAUUAUUUGAGGAGUCUAAAUUAUUAAAUGAACACAGAUAAAAGCAGAUCCUCUUUUAAGUAUCAAGAGUAGGAUGAAAAUGUUUAUAAGAGACUUUGGAAUGAUAUUAAUAAUAGAGCAGAACGAUCUCAGGCAGCAUCAGAAUAUUUAUAAGAAUAAAGGAUAAAUUAAUUGGAAAAAGCAGCUAAAUUAGGGGACAAUAGCAACUAUGGACAUAGAAACAUAGUUAAUUACUCCCAAAGGUCUAAUUCAAUGUCACAUUAAUUAGAGGAUGCCUUAGUAAUGCUAAACUCUAUCAACGGAAACAAAGAUUCGUAAAAAGUAUUACCAAUCACAGAAGAAAAUUAAGAAUUUAAUCUUAAACCUAGGAUUAAAAAAGAUAAAAAGAAAUUCAAUGUAAACAAUAAGCAAUAGCUUUGCAAAGUCAUACCCUACAAUCUACAAAUAAUGUCAAAUAUUCUUGGCAAGGUAUAUAUUGAAAAACAAGAUAAAUGUAUUCAAGUUGAUGAAAAUAACAGAGAUGAUUCUUAUGAUUAGAAUGAUAGACUUUAAGAAAACUAUAGAAAUCUCAAAAAAAUGAAGCAAAAACGUAUCAAGCAUGGAAGACUGCUCUCAACAAACUUCAAUUCUAACUUUGAUACAAGCUCUACAGCAUAUCCAUAUGGUGCUUAAAACCAUUUAAAAUAGUUAAGGAAGAAAAUUGGCUUCACAUAAAAUGAUAGAAGAAAUGCUAGUUCAGGAGAGAUCUUGAAUAUUAAGAGCUCUAGUAGCAAUUAGUAGCUAAUAUCACAGUCAGACCAAUAGCCGAUCGAUCUCUAGAUAAAUCCAAUGGUAAUGUUUAAUAAUGUCAAACUCAAACCGUCUAGUCCUAAAUCAAGGGACCACUCUAUUCAGGUUUUAUGGAAAGAACAAGAUCCCUAAAUUUAUGAAUUCAGCUUGAAUUCUCCUGAAGUUAGACAUAUCAACAGAGGAAUUAACAAUUAAUUAAGCAGAAGAAUACCAAGAGAGAUUCACUCAGCCAAGAAAUCAAAAUCACGAUUAUUAGCUGCUAAAUAAAGCAAGCUUUCAAAUAACACAAGUGGAUAUGAUAAUGAUAUGCUGCCUAUCCAUAGUAAAGAAAGUUUCGUGAUCUAGCUUAUCUAAAAAAACAAAGGAACCGCAUCAACCAAUCUCCUAGGAUUAAACUAAAAGCAGAGGAAUAUGCCAAAUAAUAGAAGUAAACAAGAUUUAUCCAUAAAUUGA